CUCAUAAAAAUUUCAAUUUUUAUUUUUUAAAUCCAAAUUAAAACCAGAUCCCAAAUUUUAUUUAAUUUCCACCCUAAAUGGGCAACCAAGUUUCUAAUUUUUUACCGGUGACCGGAAAAGUGAUCCUCCUAGAUGGUACGAUAAAAGAAUUCGAGCAUCCGAUAAUAGUCGCAGAGAUGAUGCUAGAGUGCCCACAACAAGUUGUGGUUGAUUUAAAUUCAUCAAGUAAUAAUACACAAAAAAGGCUAUCCCCAUUACCAGCUGAUAAAGUUCUAGAAGUUGGUAGAAUAUACCUAAUGGUUCCUAUUAGGAGAGGAAAACCAGCUCAUUUAUCACCCCAAGAAGCCCAUCAUAUUUUACUUAGGGUUAAUUCUAUGCUUAGGUCUAAAUCAUUGGUUAAUAAUUCAAAUAAGUUUUUACCCCUUUUUGCUAAGAUUUGUCCUGCAAAUAAUAAUAUUGAAGAUAAAAAUUGUAAGUUUGUGGUGUCUAAGAAAGAGGUUGAUGAGGAUGGAUUAGAUGAUGUUGUUGAUCAGAAAUUGGAUUAUUUGAGUAGGCAAGUUUCGGGUAAAGGGUGGAAACCAAGUUUAGAUACAAUUGAAGAGAAGAAAGAUGAGAUUAAGAAGGUGUCUAAUUGGGUUUUGGUUGCUAAGAGGGUUCAUAAUAAGGGUUUGAUUUGGGGUUAAUAUGUGUUUAUUAAAAGGUAGCAUACAUUCGACCUCUAAAUUCUAUUCUAUAUGGAAAUCAUUGAAUGAUACUGAGGUAAUAGAAUGUUGUAUAUGAAAUGUGUUUAUUAUAAUUAAUAUAUGCAUGUAUCUCUAGCUUAAAAAUCCAUUGUAUAAAGUUUAGCUUCCACAAAUUUAAGGAAAAAAAAAAAGAAAUUACUAAACCAGUCAGGAAAUGUAAUUUAUUUUCCAUUGGCUUGUGAUUAUGUAUUUG